AGAGCUCAGAGGAGGACAAAAACAAGCUGGGUGUGUCUUCGCGCAAAAAUACCUUUUCUCACCAAGCAGAUUAAGCAGUUAAUGCUGGUGUGUUAACCAAGGCGCAAACUUUAAUCAACAGGGUGGUUGCAAAUGAGGCAACCGCAGAGGCCAACAGCACAACGAGCGCACCACUCCCCAAGAAAUGGAGCUGACCCAACUCCUCCUCCUCACCGGCACCGCCUCCCGAGCUCCUGCUCCGCGCGCGUAGCCGCGCCGCAGUUCCCAGUAAUAACACGCCCGCAAGCUCCGCAGUCCGCUCCCUGCGCGAGGUUACGUACAUUGCCUUUGCGUACCAUGUGGCGCUUCGGUUUGGUGUUGCUGUGCCUGUGCAUGGAGAUCUACUUGUGUCACCGACACCGAGCCGACCCGAUGAUGUCUUGUGGGUGUUGUUUGAGCCAUGAAGAUGGCGACGAUGACUGCUUACAAGUAUCAAGCUCAGGCGUUGAUGAGGGACUACUUGCUAGCUGAUCUACUCGUUCCGUACACCUCUGUGCUCUUUGGCAUUGUCCUCUGCAAGGCUUAUGAUUUCACUCGAAUACUGAGCUCCUUUUAUUUCAAGGGGUAUACUUUAUUGACAAAAAUACAGCGCAUCGAAUGGAACAAUAGGGGUAUGUCCAGCGCACAUGCAAUUUUUAUCACGGCUGUAUCAUUAUAUAUUGUCACGUCGACUGAUCUUUUCUCCGAUUGUGUCAAGGGGCCUAUUACAUUCCGUAAUUCGAUAAUAUCCACUUCUGCAUUGGGGGUUUCUGUUGGCUACUUCAUCACUGAUCUUGAAAUGAUCUUCUGGCUGUAUCCUUCCCUUGGUGGAAUGGAAUAUGUCCUCCACCAUACUCUUUCUCUGGUUGCAAUAGCUUACACAAUGUUGUCUGGGGAAGGGCAGUUUUACACAUACAUGGUUCUCAUUUCAGAGACAACCACCCCUGAAAUCAACUUGCGAUGGUUUCUUGACACUGCUGGACUGAAGAAAUCAAGUGCUUACUUGGUUAAUGGAAUUCUGAUGUUUGUUGCAUGGCUGGUGGCAAGGAUAUUUUUGUUCAUGUAUGUAUUUUACCACAUUUAUUUGCAUUACAGUCAGAUAAUGCAGAUGCAUGCCUUUGGGUACUACCUGACGUUUGUUGUGCCAUCGGUGCUCUUUGUAAUGAACACAAUGUGGUUCAUGAAGAUCUUAAAAGGCGUGAUGAAAACACUGGCAAAAUGGUCAUGAUGGAUGAUGCCAAGAGGAUCCCAGAACUAUCAACAGGAUUUGGUCUUUCUGGCAUCAUUGAUCUGUAAAGUUAUGGAUAUCAGGGUAACUAGAGAAAGUUAAUAUGUAAAGUAUUAGCAAACAAGCUAGAUUAGGUGAAAUUGCCCUAUUUUCAGCAGUGCUGGAAGUUCAUAACCAGUUUGGUUUGUACCGGAGAUCCAGCACGCUGUUCUGCUUACCCCCAAUGCCAUGUGUAUAU